GCCGCGCUGUUUCGGGGCCGUGCCGGGGCUGUGGCCGCGCUGUUUCGGGGCCGUGCCGGUGCUGUGGCGGCGCUGUUUCGGGGCCGUGCCGGGGCUGUGGCCGCGCUGUUUCGGGGCCGUGCGGGUGCUGCGGCGGCGGGGCGGCCCGGGCAGACGACGCUCCUCCUAGCUCCGGCGGUGGAAGGAAGCUUUUCGAGCCCGGACUUGGCCCGAGCCCCGGUGGAAACCCCCCGCUGGAAACAAGAACUCUGAAAUCAUGGCGGGGAAACCCAAGCUGCACUACACCAAGGGAAGGGGGAAGAUGGAGUCAAUCCGAUGGCUGUUAGCAGCAGCUGGGGUUGAGUUUGAGGAAGAAUUCAUAGAGACGAAAGAAGACUUGGAAAAAUUGCGCAAUGAUGGAGUCCUGCUGUUUCAGCAGGUGCCCAUGGUGGAGAUAGAUGGGAUGAGGAUGGUGCAGACCAGAGCCAUCCUCAGCUACAUUGCAGCAAAGUACAACCUCUAUGGGAAGGACCUGAAGGAGAGAGCCUGGAUUGAUAUGUACGUGGAGGGAACUACAGACCUAAUGGGAAUGAUCAUGUAUCUUCCUUUUCAACCAGCUGAUACAAAAGAAAAGAAUCUUGCCCUAAUCAUUGAACGAGCUACAACCAGGUACUUCCCUGUUUAUGAAAAGGCCUUAAAAGAUCAUGGACAGGAUUAUCUUGUUGGUAACAAAUUAAGCUGGGCAGAUGUCCAUCUGCUGGAAGCGAUUUUAAUGGCAGAAGAAUGUAAGCCUGAUGUUCUGUCUGCAUUCCCUCUGCUGCAGGCUUUUAAAGGAAGAAUCAGCAACAUUCCAACAAUCAAAAAAUUCUUACAGCCUGGCAGCCAGAGGAAGCCACCAACAGAUGAGAAGUUUGUUGCUGUUGUGAGGAAAAUAUUCAAUAUCUAGUCUGAUGAAGAUAACCCAACUGUAGUAUAUUACCAGAGCUUGCUUUGUAAGAGUAAAUUGCAUAGAUGUGCUCUGUAACUUGCAUCAUGUGGCCAGUGUUGAAAUAAUACACUUUUAAAUUAGAGUAAAAGGCUAAUUUGGACCUGUUGAGUCCAGAAAGAAGAAUUUCAUGAAGCAGUUAUAUGAAAUAAAAUAUGCUGACAUGUGGUGUGUGUUCAAUUACAGUGCAUGCCUGGUAGGGUAAAAUGUUCAAUUGUAGCUUCUGGAGUACUGUAAAAAAGCCUCAUGAUCCCCAACCCCCUUUUUAUAAACUGCCAGAGAGAGGAGCCACACCCUGAAAACUGAGAAGUCACUUAAAUUCAGGCCUAGAAUCUUCUGGGUUGGUUCUCUAGGUGGUCUCCUAGAAAGUUCACUGUCCCCCUGCGGUAUUUCACAGCCUAAAAAUUAAGGAAAUAAAACCUUUAAAAAUAAAAUUAAAA